ACCGAAUCAUGUUUCAAAGCUGAACACGGCCCCUGAAAAAAAUCCAAUCCCCAUCAACCGGACAAGCCUCUCCCAUGCCGGCCGACGAGUAUUCGACGCCCGGCGGAGGCGGUAAGCUCAAGCUGAAGGGCUCCAAGAUCGCCGAUGGCCGAGUAGAGAAGAAGAAAAAGAAGAAGAAGCAAAAGGAAAUGGAGAAAGAGCCCAAGAAGGCUUCUCCUGAUGCGGACGCAGAGCAGCAGCAACAACAACCACCACCACCAGACGAAAACGAAACCAGCACGCCAAGAGAUACGUCUCGUGCACCCGACGAUGAGGCUGAUCAUCCCGAGGAAGCAUCACCGGACGCUGGCUCCGCUGGCAAAACCGAGGCGGAGAGGAGACAUGAGGAGAUGAGGAAGAGGAGGCUGCAAGAACGCCUGAAACGGGAAGGGGUCAAAACUCACAAGGAGCGCGUGGAGGAGCUCAACAAGUACCUCAGUCGAUUGAGCGAACACCACGAUAUGCCCAAGAUUGGACCCGGUUAAGUUACUGCAAGGAUGGGGGUUUGGGUUAUGUAUUUUAUGUUGUUUUUGUUUUGUUCUCUAAUAACAUCAAAUGUACCGUACUAUGUACACA